CACCUUUGCGGCGGCAGCACAGGCUAGCUGCUAGCUCUGCGGCCCUGCAGCAUUGCCUGCUGCGUUUCAGCUUAGCGGCUUGUCGUAUUUUUGCAAAACUGCUGCUGAAAAGCUGCGAGCAGCCGCUCAUAGCACUUUGCUGCAAACUUGUGGUUGCGUUGCAGUACGCCGCCCGUGCUCCUGCACCGCUCGUUGAUUGGUUGCUGCAACCCCGCCGCCGCGGUCCUGCGUUGAUUGCGUUGCUGCAACGCCGCCGCCGCGCUCCUGCACAAAUGCGGCUCUGCAUACUGCUCGCGCCGGUCGCGGGCCUGCGCUUCGCGCGGCGCGUCCGCUUCUGGAAGGGGCCCAAGACCCCGCCCGUAAGGCCAGCGCCCGCCGCCGCCGGCUCCGAGGCCGCGUCGCACGGUAGAAGCGCCACUCCACUCGAGUUGGAACGAAUACAGACGGCACGAUCGAGGAUCGACGACGCCUGGGUUGCUCAAAGGAGCGAUAGGGAGUUAUUGCCCUUCGCGCGCGCUUGUAGCACCGCUGAUCAACUUGCUACGCGACUGCGCGACACCGCGGCGUGGCGGAGAGAGUGGGCGCGGACCGAGGAAGACUGGAGCUUCGACACCUUCUUCACUUCCAGAAAAGACGCCUUCUACCGGGACAUCGAGCUCGAGGGCGAGAUGAUGGAGUGGCUCGGCGGGGAGUCGGACCCGCCGUGUACGUCCAAAGAAGGCGCGUCACUGUUACUAUUGAGGCCGGCGCGCUACAAGCUCGGGACGGUCGCGAAGGAGGACUGGUUACGGCUGAUUGCCUGGCAUGGAGCUAGGGCGACGUCCGAGUGGCCCUCCGAUAAUGAUACGGAUAAACCGGGCCACGGGGCCGUCGCAAUUAUUGUAGAUCGGACCUGCUCGGGCGUGCGGAACCAGGACCCUAGGUUGCUGCGGUUCCUGUUGCCUCCACUCAUUCGCCACUAUCCCGCGUCUUUACACAGAGCUUACGUCGGUCCCGUGAAUUACGUCUUCUACGGCAUCUGGGCCGUGGCGACCUUGAUCCUGCCGCGGCGCGUGGCCGGGCGGUUCAUGCUGCUGCGCGGGUCGGACUGGAAGGCGCAGCUGCGGCGCGAGCUCGGGCCGGAGGUGUCGGCGCGGCUGCCGGAGAACCUGCGGGAGGGGGACGGGUAAUUCUGGUAAUGAUUUUUGAGCGAUG